UGAAAAUAUUAUCAGCCCUAACACUUCUCUCUCUAGUUCGCCUCCCCCCAAAUCCGAGUCCGCCGCGCCUUCCCCGAGUCCGCCGCGCCCCCCGAUCUACCGCGCCUUCAUCCAGCUCCCCCAGUCCAUCGCGCCCUCGGUCUGCCUCCGUCUGCCCCAAAAUCAGCGUAUAAUUCCCCACCUAACCAAACCCUAACACUCUCUUUCUCUCUUGUCCGCCACUCCACUACUCCAGUCUGUCGUGCCCUGGUCUUCUGCGCCUCCGUCUGCUUUCCCCAGGUCCGCCGUACCUCCGGUCUGCCUCCGUUCACGCCUCCUUUGUGAGCCUCCGUCCACCCUGCCAGCAAGCUCUGCCUCGCUCCACCUCGGUCGGCCUCGCUCUGACUUGCACCGCCUGCUCCUGGAAUAUUGACGCCAAAUCCUAGAUUUGUGGCCAUGCUGUGAUGAAGAGAAGAAACGGGUCAGAAAGAUGGGUUAGGGUUUUCCAGACUCCAGUCUUCGCGCGCCUCCACGAUCUGCCGCGCCGCUUCCUUUUCAGACCGCCGUCCGUCUGUCCACUGGCAACUCAUGCACACCGCACACACACGCGGCAACAUCUCGCUCAAGUACUUGCCCGUGAGCUUCAAGUACUUGCCCGUGAGCUUCGCUCAAAUAAAUGAUCACUAUGAGUUCCCUCUUCAACUUGAUCUUGAUAGAGAUGAUGGCAAAUACCUGUCACCUGAUGCUGAUAGAAGAGUACGUAACCUCUAUACACUGACCGAUGAUGAGAUUUUCUACCAUUCCAGUUGCUGAGUACAUGGAGGAAGUUUUAACGAAUCCGAAAGCCGGAUUUUACAUGAAUCGUGAUGUUUUUGGAUUUGGAGCCAAGGGGGACUUCAUUACGUCCCCGGAAGUCAGCCAGAUGUUUGGAGAGAUGAUUGGUGUUUGGGCAGUGUGCCUAUGGGAGCAAAUGGGACAGCCUGAUAGGAUCAACCUAGUCGAGCUUGGACCGGGCAGAGGAACUCUGAUGGCCGAUCUUCUGCGUGGUGUAUCCAAGUUCAAGAAUUUCACAGCUUCUUUGCAAUUACAUUUGGUUGAAUGCAGCCCAGCGCUGCACCAACUCCAGUAUCAGAACUUGAAGUGCAUGGAUGAAGGCUCUGGUACAAGGUGCAUUAGCACAUUAGCAGGGAAUCCUGUGUCGUGGCAUGCAAUGCUUGAGCAGGUUCCUACAGGAUGUAAGGAAUUCCUGUUUUAUGAUUCAUAAUAUUAUUUCUUUAUUAACCCAAAUGGUAGGAUGGUCAUGGAGGACAUAUAUUUUGUAUGCAGAAGCUCAGAUUAACUGGCUGGUUGGUGGAAUUCUCAAUCAUCAUUCUCCUUCGUUUCUUUAUAUAUAGGAUAGUAAUAUCUCCAGUAAUGAUCGGGCAAAUUAAUAUUUUAUGGACACAUCAUGUAAAUGGUUUUUGUUUUUGAAUUGCAUACAACAAAUAAUCCUAAAUGUC